AUGUCUGACAAACCUAAGGUGUACCAGGGUGUGCGGGUGAAGACCACCGUCAAAGAGUUACUUCAGAAGCGCAGGGCACUUCAGGCUGCAGAAUCCAGGAAAACACAAGCUGCCUCGACCCACGACGUCUGUCCCACACCACUGGCUGCGACCCAUCUCGAUAUUUUCUGCGAGAGUUCGACACAGGAUGCUUAUUUCCAGCUACGGCAGUUUGCAGACAGUGGGCACAUCGCCAUGGAGGACACGUUUGAUGACCAGCUCCUGAUGAACAUGAUGCCCGCUGAGAACUUCAGCUCCAGCCCUGCUGUGUGUGCGCCUGCCUCUGCCCAGUGUUACCACGGAUACUCACCUUCAUGCACGGACUAUUACACUAACAGCUUAGCUUCCAGUUCACCGACACAUUCGUUCAGCCUUCCCAGCCCAGUAGAGUACAAUAGCUACACUCCUCCAGAGUCAAACUCCUCAUCCUCAUCAUGCUACAAUUCUCCUACACGCGUGGACAUGAGCUCCAGCUUCACUCCAGAGAAUUAUCACUACCAACACUGCACCUUGCAGCACUGCUUUUGCUUGUCUCACUGGCCCAGUCUGCAGGAUGGUACCAUGGCGUCAGACUACACGCCUCCUCACUACAGCGCCUCAGACUGUUUUUACCCCUCUCUGACAGAUGAAGUUUACUGUAGACGGGAUUCCUCAGGCUUAGAGCUGUGUUACUUAUAAGAGCAUUUUGUCUAAUCAUUGUCUGUACAGCGUCAUCAAACAUUUCAAUAUUUUUGUGUUGUGUUGAUCUGUGUUCACCUCAUAACCAUACACUGCAAAUCUGUAUACAUUUCAUCAUUUAUACAUAAGAAAGUUUCACGUAAACUUUGUUGAAACGUUUGUUAAUAUCAACGUCGAACAAAUUGUUCUGUUUUUCUACAAUAAAAUGAUAUUUUUCGUAA